GAACUUUUUCCCCUCCACGCUUCGAUCUUCCCCAACAUCGACAACAACAUCCUCACUUCACAGACACACCAGGUUUCGCUCCGAUCUUACGCGACCACCACAAUGGCAAAGGGGCUCCGCGCUUCCACCGAGCGAGCGAACCGCAGGAAGCUGCGCGCCAACGUCUUUGGCCCUGCUGAGAAGGCCCGCGCCGAACGUCUCCACGCAAAGCUGCUCGCAACAAUCAACUCCGAGAAGCCCGCGCCGCCCGAGAAAAAGGAGAUGGAGGUCGACGAACAAGCCACCGCAGAAGCAAAGGAUGAUCUCUCAAAAGAAAUGGAUGUUGAUACCAAGACCUCCGCGAAGAAGCCCAACCGCAAUCAGAACGAGCGCAGGACAAAGAACCAGCGCGCGAGGAAGCCGAAGAACUCGAUGACCUUCCCCACGAGCAGGGGUAAGGGCGCGCUGAAGCCGUUCACUGGGAAGGGAAGGGUCAGCAAGCGCAAGUAGACGGAAACGAUUGCGAGGAUAUACUGCAAAUUUCACUGGCGUUUGGGAUAUGCAUUGCAGGCGUUCAUGUUGUUGCUGUCAGGGAAGACAGCUGCGUUGGAUGAUACCACGUCCUCGAGGACAUUUCUGCAUACAGAACAAUAUCAGAAAAUUAUAUCUCC